AGCACUGAAAAAUAUAGGAAUGUAUAGCUAUUUUAUAUUAGCUCAUGCAUGAUUGACGCAUAUUCAUAUGUGCGCUCUUUUUCUUCAAUGGUGUUAUACUUUUCCUUCUUCAGAUUAUAUGAAUCUGGUGUUGGCACUUAUUUGCAUCUAUAAAUAGAAGCAGAGUUGAGUGCAGUGCUCUCACUCUUCUCUCUGCUUCUUGGGAGUUUCCGUUUCAUCAUCAUAACGACCCUCUCUCUUCUAGUCAUUAUCAUUUGGCUCCCAACUUCAUCAAACAGUUUCAGCCAACCGAAGCAUUGUCAUGGCAUCACCGUCCAAACCUCCACCAGAAUCUAGCGAUCAGGAACUCGCUGAGACUCUCAAGAUCAAGAACUUGGCUUCUCUUGGGCUGAGGCUCGAUAGGGACGACUCUUUCAUGAACCAAGUGCAGACUGCUCUGUCCCAGAAAUCAAAGCCCCUUCCUCCUCCAGCACAAGUCAAUAACCCUCAAGUGAAUCUUCGCGACAGAGAGAAGUUAAAAGCCGGGCAUGUUCCUGCUACAUUAAUCAAAAUUGGUUCAUGGCAGUUUGCUUCUGUACAUGAAGCAGAUUUGGUAGGAAAGUUCUACUUCGCAACGAGGAAAUUAGUCUGGGAAGUGCUUGCGAACGGUCUGAGGAAUAAGAUGGAGAUACAAUGGUCGGACAUUUCUGCUAUAAGAGCCACUAUUGAAGAAAACAAGCCCGGAAUCCUCGAAAUAGAGUUACGCCGGCCGCCCACCUUCUACAAGGAGACUGAUCCACAGACCUGGCGUCACGCCCUUUGGAUCUCGGCGGAUGAUUUCACUGGCGGCCAAGCUCUUGUGUGCCGGAGGCACUAUCUUGAAUUUCCUUCAGCAGCCCUCGACAGACACUACAUCAAGCUUCUGAGCAGCGACCGCCGGUUGCUUGAUUUGAGCCAGAGCGGCUUUCCGAGCAGCACAGAAACAACAUCCUGCACGUUGCAAUACUAUGGAUUCAAGAAUUCACAAAUGAUUCCAGUAUGCGACAACCCCUCUCAUUUCCAAGCCCAUCUGUCUCUACGACCUGCAGCUGCAGCCGAUUCAGCUCUCUAUCUUAGAGAACAUUUAAACUCACCCUAUGUUGGAGAAGCAGGUGUCCUCCCUUUUCAAAUUCCUGCACUCAUGAGGAAGACACAAUGGCAAUUAGCCUCGGAUCCCAAUCCAAUCAGUUGGUAUCACCCAAGGCAGACUGCUCUGUCCCAGAAAUCAAAGCCCUUUCGUCCUCCUGCACAAGUCAAUAACCCUCAAGCGGAUCUUCGCAACAGAGAAAAGUUAAAAGUGGGCCAUGUUCCUGCUACAUUAAUCAAAAUCGGUUCGUGGCAGCUUGCUUCUGUACAUGAAGCAGAUUUGGUAGGAAAGUUCUACUUUGCAAAGAGGAAAUUAGUCUGGGAAGUGUUCACGAACGGUCUGAAGAAUAAGUUGGAGAUACAAUGGUCAGACAUUUCUGCUAUAAGAGCCACUAUUGAAGAAAACAAGCCAGGAAUCCUCGAAAUAGAGUUACACCAGCCACCCACCUUCUACAAGGAGACUGAUCCACAGCCCCGGCGUCACUCGCUUUGGAUCCCGGCGGAUGAUUUCACUGGUGGCCAAGCUCUUACAUGCCGGAGGCACUACCUUGAAUUUUCUUCAACAGCCCUCGACAAAAACUACAUCAAGCUUCUGAGCAGCGACCGCCGGUUGCUUGAGUUGAGCCAGAGCGGCUUUCCGAGCAGCACAGAAACGACUUUCUGCACGUUGCAACAAUGUGGAUUGGAGAAUUCACAAGUGACUCAAGAAUCCAACAGCCUCUCUCAGUUUGAAGCCCUUCCGCAUCCCCUCCGUGCAGCUGCAGCCGAUUCAGCCCUCUAUCUUAGACAAAAUUUAAGCUCACCCCAUGUUGGAGAAGCAGGGGCCCCCCCUUUCCAAAUUCCUGCAAUCAUUAGGAAGUCAAAACGGCAGUUACCCUUGGAUCCCAAUCCAAUCAGUAGGUAUCGCCCAAGGCUCCCACCUGCAAUUAACAGCACUUCCACAUCACCGAUAGGUUCGUCGAGUGCAGUAGGUUCUGCAACCAAUAGCGAGGCAAUGGGUGUCCGACAGGAACAUGAUGGGAAUGCUAACAAUAUCCAGAAAUUCAUAAGGCCCUCAGAGCAGAAUGAGACUUCCACAUCGCCGAUAGGUUCGUCGAGUGCAGGAGGUUCUGGAAGCAAAGGUGAUGCAAUGGGUGAGAAGGAACAUGAUGGAUGCUAA